AUGCCUCUCCACCACAUUCCUUCUCCGUUCGGAGAUCCGCCGCCGAAUUUACCAUCAUCGGACCUCCGUGAAACCGCCUACGAGAUCCUCUUAGCCGCGUGCAGGAGCUCAGGUCCGAAGCCGUUGACAUUCAUUUCGCAGUCGGAGAAGGGAGUUAGGGAUCCGGCUGAUCCGGCUCCGGUGGCUUCGCUGCACCGGUCGCGGACUUCUAUUGCGGCUAGUAAGGUGAAGAAGGCGUUGGGACUCAAAUCUUCUUCGUUGAAGAGUAAGCGUCCGGUGACGACUGGGGAAGUUGUGAGACUGCAGAUGAGAAUCUCUGAACAGAGUGAUAGUAGGAUUCGAAGAGCGCUUCUCAGAAUUGCGGCUGCACAGCUUGGAAAACGCAUGGAGUCGGUGGUUCUUCCGUUAGAACUUAUACAAUUGUUCAAGAGUUCAGAUUUUCCUGAUCAACAAGAGUAUGAAGCUUGGUUGAGAAGAAAUUUGAAGGUUCUUGAAGCCGGGCUCCUCUUGCAUCCUCGCCUUCCAUUAGAUAAGGCAGACACCUCUGCACAGAAACUCCGGCGCAUAAUUGGUGGAGCCAUUGAGAAACCUAUAAAUUUUACAAGUAGUGGUGAAUCAAUGCAAACCCUCCGAAGUGUUGUUAUAUCUCUUUCUUGCAGAUCAUCUGACGGGUCUGUUCCUGAGUCAUGUCAUUGGGCGGACGGGUUUCCACUGAACCUUUGGAUCUACCAAACUCUUUUAGAAGCUUGUUUUGAUGGUCACAUUGAAACCUGUGUGAUAGACGAGGUUGAUGAGGUCUUAGAGCUCAUUAAGAAGACCUGGCUUAUUCUUGGAAUCAAUGAAACCCUACAUAAUAUCUGUUUCACAUGGGUAUUAUUUCAUAGAUACGUCGUCACUCGUGAAGUAGAAAAUGAUCUGCUUUUUGCAUCCUGUAAUCUACUGGAGGAAGUUGAGAAAGAUACCAAGGCCAUGAAAGAUCCUUCUUACUCAAAAACUUUGAGCUCCACAUUGAAUAUGAUGUUGGGUUGGGCAGAGAAAAGGCUCCUUGCCUACCACGAUACUUUCCAUAGUGGUAAUAUUGAAUCCAUGGAAAGUGUUGUAUCUCUUGCUGCUCUAUCAGCAAAGAUACUGGCAAAAGAUAUCUCUAAUGAGUAUAAUCGGAAGAAGAACCCCGCCGAUGUAGCCUGCACCAGAGUUGAAAAUUAUAUUAGAUCAUCAUUGCAUGCUGUUUUCAUUCAGAAAGUGGAGAAAGUUGACCCCAGAAAGCAUCCAUCUAGAAAACAGAACAAACCUUUUCCAAUUCUUUCUGUCCUCGCACGAGACAUUACUGAACUGGCUUUUGAGGAGAAAGACAUAUUUAGUCCUAAAUUAAAGAGAUGGCAUCCUCUUGCUGCUGGUGUUGCGGUUGCUACCCUUCAUGUGUGUUAUGGAAAUGAGUUGAAGAAAUACGUUAAAGGUAUCACCGAGUUGACACCUGAUGCUAUAGAAGUGUUGAUGGCUGCCGACAAGUUGGAGAAAGAGCUGGUGCAGAUAGCAGUGGAAGAUUCUGUUGAUAGUGAAGAUGGUGGGAAAUCCAUUAUAAUGGAGAUCCAACCUUAUGAGGCUGAAGCUAUAAUUGCUACUCUUGUUAAGUCAUGGAUAAAUAUCAGAGUGGAUAGACUGGUGGAAUUGGUUAACAGAAUUAUGCAUCAAGAGGCAUGGAAUCCACAGGAAAAUAAAGAAGGCUUUGCGCCUUCUGCAGUUCAAGUUCUACGUUUCAUAGAUGACACUGUGGAAGCUUUCUUCCUGUUGCCUAUAUCCAUGCACACAGCUUUACUUCCUGAAUUGAUAUCUGGUCUUGACAAAUCUAUCCAACAAUACAUUUUGAAAGCAAAAUCCGCCUGUGGGAACCGUAAUACGUUCAUGCCGACUUUGCCUGAUUUGACCAGGUGUUCCACAAAAGGAAAAUAUCACGGUGUAUUCCGUAAAAAAGAAAAGCCACAAAUGACUCAGAGGAGGAAAGCCCUUGUUAGAACCACGAGUGAACAUAGCUCGUUCGAUAUACCCCACCUGUGUGUUCGCAUUAAUACUAUGCAGCGUAUUCGCAUGGAAUUAGGGGUCCUGGAAAAGAGGAUAGUUGCCAAUCUUAGCAGCUCUAAUUCCGUCAAUGAGGAUAAUAUAGCAAACGGGGCGAGCUUCAAGUUUUCUGCAGUUGCUGCAGUGGAAGGUAUUUGUCAACUCUGCGAAUGUAUAGCAUACAAAGCUAUUUUCGAAGAUCUCUGUCACGUUCUUUGGGACAGCCUAUAUGUUGGAGAAGUUUCAUCAGCCAGGAUUGAGCCUUUUCUUCACGAGCUUGAGCAAUACUUAGAGAUCAUAUCAUCAACAGUACAUGAUAAAGUUAGAACACGAGUAAUUAUUGAAGUAAUGCGGGCUUCUUUUGAUGGGUUCCUGUUAGUUUUGUUGGCUGGAGGUUCAUCUCGUGCUUUCUCUUUGCAAGAUUCUAUUGUAAUAGAGGAAGAUUUCAAGCUUCUGAGUGACUUGUUCUGGUCAAAUGGGGACGGCUUGCCGGCCGAAUUAAUCGAAAAACAUUCUGCAACCAUUCGAGGUGUACUCCCCUUAUUUCACACGGAUACACAACAGAUAAUUCAGCAAUUUAUCCAACUUACUAAAGAAAUGUAUGGUUCUUCGACUAAAUCGCGGCUUCCAUUGCCUCCAAAAGCAGAUCAGUGGAGGCCAAGAGAACCAGACACACUUCUGCGAGUGUUAUGUUACAGGAAUGAUGAAGCAGCAGCCAAGUUCCUUAAGAAGAAUUACAAUUUUCCUACAAAAGUCUAA